AUGCACCGCCGCCUGUGCGGGCAUCAAGGCCUCGUCGCCGCGUCACUCGUCGCGGUCAAGCAGAAGAUGCCGGACGCGCCCGUCGCGGUGAAGGGGCUGCGUCGGCUGACGUGCAAUCAGCUUCCGUUUUUGUUUUUGCUCGCGACGCUGGCGGGGGGCGCGGUCGUCGGCGACGUCCUCGGUCGAUUCGGGUUCUCGCUCUUCGGGUGGUACGCCGCGUGGCUGUACUUGCGGUUUUAUCAGCCGUCCAGAGACGGCGGCGGCGGCGGCGCGAGGGGCGACGGCAGCGACGCGUUCGCGUUCGCGACGUUCUUCCCGGCGCCGGCGCGGCAAUUCGUCCAGCCGCUCGCGGUGAGACAAACCGCGACUGCUCCCCGUACGCGCGCUCCAUACGUUCGCGCGUCGAUCGUCCGUCCUGUCUUCGCUUCAGGACUUCUCUUCUUUCGCGCGCGCGCUGUGAACCUCACGUUCUGA